AUGCCAGGGACGCUUCUGCCCCCGAGAUCCCACCGGCAACACGCAGAGAUGGAUCGAUCUUCGGCCUCUCGGCCGGAUUUGUACCUGAUUGCCGAUAAUGACAAUGUAUAUGAGCAGGAUCUCCUUCGGAAUCCCGGCAGCAUCAAGCCAUGGCUUGCGUACAUCGAAUACAAACAGCAAAAUGGGACGCUUUAUGAGCAGGCUUUCGUUCUAGAGCGUGCUUGUAAACAGCUCCCGAGGUCCUACAAGCUUUGGAAGAUGUACUUGGAAUUUCGAACGAAACAUCUUAAGAAUCGCGAUGCAACCAAAUAUCGGGCCGAAUUUCAGAAGGUCAACGCACUGUUUGAGCGUGCGUUGAUCCUGCUCAACAAAAUGCCUCGGAUAUGGGAGAUGUACCUCUCCUUCAUGCUUCAACAGCCGAUCGUUACACAAACUAGGAGAACUUUCGAUCGUGCUCUGCGAGCUUUGCCAGUACCUCAACACAACCGGAUCUGGAAAUUAUACAAGGCUUUCGCACGCUCUGCUUCCGGUCAAACCGCAGUGAAGAUUUGGGCUCGAUACAUGCAAAUCCACCCAGAAAAUGCAGAGGAAUACAUCCACCUUCUUGUGGAGAUGGGCCAGUAUACCGACGCUGUGAAGCGCUACAUGGGGGUUCUUAACGACCCAAGGUUUCAGUCCCGGGACGGAAAGAGUAACUUCCAGCUGUUCACUGAAAUGGUGGAUUUACUAGUCUCAAAGGCGAAGAAAAUCGAGACAGGGCCUCAGUCUGGAAUUGAUGUGGACGCGAUUCUCCGCAGCGGCAUUGAUCGAUUUCCAGACCAAAAAGGUAAACUUUGGGCCGGACUAGCAACUUACUGGAUCACGAAAGGCAACUUCGAGAAGGCGCGCGAUGUCUUUGAGGAGGGCAUUACGACAGUCAUGACAGUUCGCGAUUUCACCCUUGUAUUUGAUUCCUAUGUCGAAUUUGAAGAAUCCAUCAUAGGCAACCUGAUGGAGGCUGCGGCCGUUCGGACUGAUAAUAACCAGGCUGAUGAGGAAGCCGAUUUCGAUCUCGAUCUUCGGAUGCUCAGGUUUGAACAGCUUAUGGAUCGACGACCGUUUUUGGUCAAUGAUGUGCUACUCAGGCAAAAUCCCAACAAUGUCAUUGAAUGGGAAAAGAGGGUGGCUCUUUGGGGUGACAACAACGUGGAAAUCGUCCAAACAUACACCGCUGCUAUAGCAGCCAUCAACCCCAAGAAGGCUGUGGGCAAGUUUCCGGAGCUCUGGGUCAACUACGCGAAAUUCUACGAGCGCGGUGGAGACUUGGGCCCUGCACGAGUUAUAUUCGAGAAGGCCGUGAAAGUUCCUUUCAAAUCAGUUGCAGAGCUCGCGGAAACAUGGUGCGAGUGGGCGGAGAUGGAACUGCGCAGCGAAAACUUCGAUAAAGCGGUUGAGAUCAUGGGCAAGGCAACGCAAGCGCCCAAGAAAUCGACGGUUGAUUACUUUGACGAGACGCUCUCCCCUCAGCAACGCGUUCACAAGAGCUGGAGGCUAUGGAGUUUCUACGUCGACCUGGUGGAGAGUGUCUCAUCGAUAGAGGAGACGAAGAAGGUGUAUGAGAGGAUCUUCGAGUUGCGAAUUGCUACUCCUCAGACCGUUGUCAACUACGCCAACCUCCUUGAGGAACACAAAUAUUUCGAGGAUUCGUUCAAAGUAUAUGAACGAGGCCUGGACCUCUUCACCUAUCCAGUUGCCUUUGAGCUUUGGAAUCUUUAUCUCACAAAAGCUGUUGAUCGAAAGAUUGGCAUUGAGCGUCUGCGGGAUCUCUUUGAACAGGCGCUCGAUGGCUGUCCUCCGAAGUUCGCCAAACCCCUCUAUCUGAUGUACGGAAACCUGGAAGAGGAGCGGGGAUUGGCUCGGCACGCAAUGCGAAUCUACGAACGUGCCACUCGGGCUGUCUCUGAUGAAGACCGCUUUGAAAUGUUCGAAUUCUACAUCACGAAGUCCGCCUCCAACUUCGGAUUGCCGUCCACGCGGCCGAUCUACGAGCGGGGUAUUGCCGCUUUGCCUGAUCAAGAGGCCAAGGAAAUGUGCCUCAAGUUCGCCGAGAUGGAAAGGAGAUUGGGCGAAAUCGAUCGCGCACGUGCGAUUUACGGCCAUGCAUCUCAAUUCUGCGAUCCGCGCACCAACGCGCCAUUCUGGCAGAAGUGGGAAGCUUUCGAAGUCCAACACGGAAACGAAGAUACCUUCAAGGAAAUGCUUCGUAUCAAGCGAAGUGUUCAAGCUCAAUACAACACCGACGUCAACUUCAUUGCGUCCCAGGCCAUCGCCCGCGGUCAACAAAAGGGUGAAGGCGAAGCUGAACCGGAAACUGGAGGGGAAGAAAUGGACGCAACCACAGCAGAUGCCAUGGCGGCGUUGGAACGACAAGCACGUGCACCUGUCGGCUUCGUUGCAGCCAGUACCGGACCUGAAGGUGGCAAUCGCCCUCCUGUCAACCAAGCACCUGCAGCCGCUGCUCCAGCGAACCCCGACGCCAUCGAUCUCGAUGACGAAGACAUGGAUGCGGACUAG